AUGACGGCAAUGGCACUGGAAAGCCCGCAGCUUCAAGAGGAAUUGCUGCGGUUAAGGCAUGAAAAUGAAUCCAUGAGGAGACGUUUGACCUCUCUCCUUGUGCCCCCCUCUGGUCCUCCUCCUGUGAACCACGAGAUUCAUCUGAAUGACGCACGUAAGGAACUCCAAGGGUUUGAACGGGCGAUGGUGGUGAAAGCAGAGGAGAACGAGGGGUUGAAAAGGCUGGUGGAGGAGGGAAACAGGCAGAACGAGGUGAUGAAGAGACAGCUGGAGGAAGCGAAAAGGAUGCAGGUUGAAAAGGAUGGUGAGCUGCUGGAUUUGCGUGCCAAGGUAGCAGAGCACGGGAGUUUGAUCUCAAGGAACGAUUUCCUGGAGCGCACAGCGACGAACAUGCAGCGAAAGAUUGAAGAGCUGGAGGGACACGAAGGGACUGCACGGUCAGAGACGGAGAGGUUGAAGAGGGAGCUGGGAGCAGCCGCGCAAGAGAUCAAGGAUCUGAGGCAGUUCACUGUCAGGGUAAAAGAACUGCAGGACAGCUACGAGAGGGUUUCGAAAGAGCUCGUGGAAGCCAAGGCUUCCUUAUUAGCAGCUUCGUCGAGGAAUGAAACCCUCGCAAAGGCCCUGGGGCAGUUGGAGAGCAGGAGGAGAGUCCUCGAAGACGAAUAUGAGCACGCCAAGCAGCGACUAGCUGAGCAGGACGCUGCUUUGAUGCAGGCGAGAGAAGCAGCAGGUCGAAGCCAGAGGCUAGCGGAGCGAGUGGAGAAGUUGGAAGAAGCACUGAGGGACAGGGAGACCUCUGAAGCUCAUAUGAAGCAAGUGAUCGCAAGCAUGCGGCAAGAAUGUCAGCAGCAUGCGCAAACCCGGCAAGAGCUUGAGAGGAACCUGAGCCAAGCAAAACAAAGACUGGAAGAUCAGGAUGCAAGGACCAGAAAAGUGCAAGAGGAAAGAGAUCUGGUGAGGAAGGAUGCAGAAAACUGGCGUCUGCAAACAGAAGCUGCAAGGAGGGAGAAUGAAAGCGUUGUCCAUGAACGCAGCAAACUUCAAGAUUAUGUUGCAAAGCUGUCGGACAAAAUGGAGAAACUUGUUGAAGAUGCUCAUAAUCGCGAGAAGGUCAGUGAGCACUCCAACACCAUCAUAGCAAGGAUGCCGUGA